GCCAUCACUCAGAUCUGUAUCGCCUGUUGUUGUGAUGCCGAAGCACUCGCUGGCAAUGACUCGAAGGCACUCCUCGAACACCCAAUAUUUGAGGGCGGCUUAUGUCGGCUCUGCUAUGACAACAUACGGGUGACAAUAGUCUUAUCACUGAUGGACGGCAUCUCUUCUGCAAAACUAGCUCUUGAGAAGUUGGGUCUCAAAAUAGAUGCCUAUUAUUCUUCUGAAUCGGACGCCAAUGCCAUCGAAAUAUCGAGAAAUUAUAAUAAAAAUAGCGUUUUAUUUGUUGACUCUAUUGAAAGCAUUACACUUGAAAAGAUCGCAGCCAUGAGUCCAAUUGAUUUAGUCUUAGGAUCUCCUCCACCGGAAUAUUCUUCAAACGCUUCCGUUCGCAAAAGUCUUAUUGAGAACAAAGGGAGCGGUCAUUACUUCUUGUAUUUCAAUCAUAUUUUGCAUUUAAUUCGUCUGACAAACAAGAAUCGGCACAUUUUCUUCUUGUGUGAAAACUCUAAUCCGUUGAGUAAUUCUCAGAGAGAUAUCAUUUCCAACUUAUUUACGUGCAAACCCAUUACAUUAUUUGCUAACAAUUCGUCUCAUAACCGGAACCGAUAUUAUUGGAGUAACAUUCCCGGCAUUAAACGACCACUGCCGCAAACAAUUCAGGAAAAGUUGAUUAGUUUGAUAAACAUUUUGACACAAAAUAUCGCCCUAAAGACCACUUCUGACUCCAACAAGAAGUCAAUGCUAACCGAUUCGGAGGACAAGAAUUUCGAGCCCAAAGAGUUGGAGAAGUUGUUUGAAUUGCCUGAAAACUACACUGACGUCAACUCAUUGCCCUGCAAACCCAUUACAUUAUUUGCUAACAAUUCGUCUCAUAACCGGAACCGAUAUUAUUGGAGUAACAUUCCCGGCAUUAAACGACCACUGCCGCAAACAAUUCAAGAAAAGUUGAUUAGUUUGAUAAACAUUUUGACACAAAAUAUCGCCCUAAAGACCACUUCUGACUCCAACAAGAAGUCAAUGCUAACCGAUUCGGAGGACAAGAAUUUUGAACCCAAAGAGUUGGAGAAGUUGUUUGAAUUGCCUGAAAACUACACUGACGUCAACUCAUUGCCCGUAAACACCAGACAAAGCUUACUAACCCGGUGUUGGUGUGUGUCUAUCCUCUCGCACCUGAUCUGGUCAUUGACUGAUUUCUUCGUUACAAUCGAUCAAAAAUCAAAAUAAUUUCAAAUGUUUUUCAUUAUUAACACAUAUUAUAUUAUAUAUACGUUCAAUAGUAAUAUUGGUUAUGCAUUUGGGUCAAUAACUAAUAAACUGGUAAAGUUAUCAUGGUCAACAUUUCAUUCUGAACAUGAUUCCAUAAACUGGAUGAGUAGAAAUGUUGACCAUGUUAACUUUACCAGUGCAUUAAUUAUCUAGAGCCAUAACCAUUAUUACAGUCCCCAAUAGUAUACAUAUAACUUUAUAAGAUAUCAUUUGUUUUUAAAAUCAAGUCCUAAACAAAGUUAACUAAUUGUUAAUAAUUGAGUCAAAUUAAUGUAUGUUUAAAUUUCGUU